AUGUCAUCAUACAACAAGAAGAGUAUGCUAUCUAUAUUGGCUCCUGAAGUAUUGCUUCACGUCAUGUCAUUUUUGCCGUUGGCUGAUGUGUAUCGGAUACGAUCCGUGUGCAAGACUUGGCAAGCGAUGGGUGAAGAAUACAUCUUUUUGAGGAUUCGAGAGCAAAGGAAUACCGUCGACGUCAAGAUUGGUGAUAAAAGGAGAGGUGUGGUGGUCAAGUUGGUGCCUCAUUCGUACGAUCGGGCCAAUCGCAUUGUGGAGUUUCGUCCCAUUUCCAUGACAGCAGUGCCCAUGACAGUAGAUGCGAACAAUCCUUUUAGUACCUGUCACCGACGUAUGCAGAUACACUUUAGCGAGUGGAAGUCAUCAAGUCAAGCACCAGACCUUGUUACAGCAGCGGCAUCAGCAUCCAAUACGUCGAUCAGUCUUCAGGACAAAGCGUUGAUCCUCUUCCAUAUGGGAUACAACCCAGCACUUGAACGAACGUAUGAACUACCAUCGUGGGGUCCUUCAGAAUCGCCUGAUCAUUUCGUGGGUGACAAGGGCCUGAUUCUCUCAUUGUCCUACGUACAUCCAUCCACUCUGAAUGAUCCAUCAGCUGCAGGCGUAUCUUUUUAUUCUUAUCCCAAUCACACAACAUCCAUACCAACCAAUUCUCCUCCACAUAUUCAAAUCCAAUGGUUACGAGUAACGUUGUCAUGGAUUCUUUCUGGCAUCCGAUCCGAUAUUGCACAAACACAAAUUUAUCCACAACGUUAUGGGCGUCUAAGUCAUGCUCUUGCUCGUCAUGGUUGCUUCAAAUAUGAUCCAUUGUCUGAACCCGUACUCUCCCACAUUGUCCACAAUGAAAGUGAUGAACCAUGGUCAGCCCACCAACAGCAGCACUCAAGGCCAGCUUCUAUCUGCGAUCAUCCUCGUGCAGCCUCAUUGCAUUUUCCCACGGUAAACGACACCCAUUCGGAUGCUUCCUCGUCAACAACAACAUCCUCGUCAGAUUCAGAGAGUGACACUAUAGAAGAUGUGGAAGAGCAUUUGCCCGCCGAAUUGAUUGAUUAUGUACAAGUCCAUACCCACGAAUGUCAUACUCGUUUAUCACGAUUGCAACACAUGCUUGAAGGUGCCGGCGUCGAUGCUCUUGUAUUAUGGAAGUACACAUUUGCCAAGUCCUAUGUCGUAGGCAAUGGAUCAUUGGUUGGUGAAGAGGACGUAGUAAGGAGGAUACAGGAUUCGGAAAACGAGUGGCGUUUGAAGCGUAUCAGUCUUACACGUCGUUUGGGUAUUGCCUAA